CCCACUUCACCAAUCCCACCAAAACCCAUCAGCAACCCCCUCCCCACAAUCAACAAUGCUUCUGAUUCUCUUCUCUCUCUCCUUAUUCACUCUCUCCUUCUCUCAAUCCAAUUCCCUCUCUCUCCCCUUCCCUCUUUCUCUCUCUGAAAAACCCUCCAAUACUAUCCCAUCAUACUCUUCCCAGCUUUACGCCAAGAGGCCAUCCUCCUACGGCUCCUUCAAGCUUCCUUUCAAAUACUCCUCCACCGCCCUCGUCGUCUCUCUACCGAUCGGAACGCCGCCACAGCCCACUGACUUGGUUCUAGACACCGGCAGCCAACUCUCUUGGAUUCAAUGUCAUGACAAAAAGAUUAAGAAAAGAUUGCCCCCCUUGCCCAAGCCUAAAACCGCCUCCUUUGAUCCUUCUCUCUCCUCUUCUUUUUCUCUCCUCCCUUGUAAUCACCCCAUCUGCAAACCCCGAAUUCCAGAUUUUACCCUUCCCACUUCUUGUGACCAAAAUCGCCUCUGCCACUACUCCUACUUCUACGCUGACGGUACCUUGGCUGAGGGAAAUCUCGUCAGAGAAAAAUUUACCUUCUCUAAAUCCCUUUCUACCCCUCCCGUCAUCCUCGGUUGCGCUCAAGCCUCCACCGAAAACAGGGGUAUUUUGGGAAUGAACCGUGGACGUUUGUCCUUUAUCUCCCAAGCUAAAAUCUCCAAAUUCUCCUAUUGCGUUCCGAGUCGAACAGGGUCUAAUCCCACCGGGCUAUUCUACCUGGGAGAUAACCCCAAUUCUUCCAAAUUCAAAUACGUCACCAUGUUGACUUUUCCUGAAAGUCAAAGCUCUCCGAAUCUCGACCCACUGGCUUACACUCUCCCUAUGAAGGCAAUAAAAAUAGCCGGAAAACGGCUAAACAUCCCCCCAGCCGCUUUCAAACCGGACGCGGGUGGGUCGGGUCAAACCAUGAUUGACUCCGGUUCGGACCUGACUUAUUUAGUGGAUGAAGCGUAUGAGAAGGUUAAAGAAGAGGUAGUGAGAUUAGUGGGUGCGAUGAUGAAGAAAGGCUACGUAUACGCCGACGUAGCCGACAUGUGUUUCGACGCCGGUGUCACGGCGGAGGUGGGCCGCAGGAUUGGCGGCAUCUCGUUUGAGUUUGAUAACGGAGUGGAGAUUUUCGUGGGGAGAGGAGAAGGGGUUUUGACGGAAGUGGAAAAAGGAGUGAAGUGUGUGGGGAUCGGACGGUCAGAAAGGCUUGGGAUUGGGAGUAAUAUAAUCGGGACUGUUCAUCAACAGAAUAUGUGGGUGGAGUAUGAUUUGGCCAAUAAGAGAGUAGGGUUUGGUGGAGCUGAGUGUAGCAGAUUGAAGUGAUGAUGGGCGGUAAAGAUUUAUACACGUGUGUGGUUUUUGGAUGUUUAUAUAAUCAUAUUUGAUAUUGUGUUAUUGUGUAAAUGUGUGUAUAGUUAUUUCAUUUCAUAUAUAUACAUUCUAUAUAAAUAAAACAAAUUUUGUUCUAUCCUGUAAAAA